UGGUCAUCAACCCCGGUGAGUCCGACAAUGAUGAUGGCAGUGAUCUCGUUUUAUGGUUGGAAAACAUGUUGGAAGAGCCAUCUAGUCCUAUUCACCGGCCAUCAUGUGUAAGGGAUUGGCCAAAGGGAUGUGGUCCAAAGGCUGGUUUGAAGCCUAAGAGAUGCAAGACAAAAAGGGUUCGAAGGAAAGGCAAGGCAAAAGCUAAAGAAGAGAAGUGUUGGUGCAAGCCUUGUUCAAAGAAGAGACGAGUUCACAAGAUGGUGGCUCGAAGGGGUGGUAAGAGUAGAAGGGAGGAUGGUUGGAUUUGGAGAGUUGGUGAUUGCAUUGGGAUGGAUGGAUGGGAUCCAUGGCCAACAGGGCCGGACGGCAGAAGGGUCGAGGAGGAUCGGCUAUCGGGCGUGGGGCGCGCAUCGGGGCGUGAUGCGCGCGAACACACGAGGGGUCGAAUGGGCGCAAGGGUGAACGACGCAUGCGCCCGCGUUUCCCACACUCGCGCGCUCGCUGCGCGCCUCGCUGCCGCUACCCUUGCUUCGCGCGUCCUCACCACCCACGCAUGUGUUACGCACGCCCUAUCCUGCCGCGCUAAUCUCGCGCCUGCCUGCCCACUUGCGCGUUUCCCAGCCACGGCCCAGGCCCGUAUCGCCUACGGCGCCCCCGCGUGCACCCGUGCACCCGUCAAU